GCCACCGGAUUUCAUCUGGACUUCCUACAAUGUUUGAAACGGAGGGAAGAAGCAUGUCACGGCUCUCUCUGACCCGGUCCCCGGUCUCUCCUCUGGCCGCUCAGGGGAUCCCUCUGCCGGCACAGCUCACCAAGGCGAACGCCCCCGUGCACAUCGAUGUCGGGGGCCACAUGUACACCAGCAGCCUGGCGACCCUCACCAAGUACCCAGACUCAAGAAUCAGUCGUCUGUUCAAUGGCACCGAGCCCAUUGUGUUGGACAGCUUGAAGCAGCACUACUUCAUAGAUCGGGACGGCGAGAUAUUCCGCUACAUUCUUAGUUUUCUGAGGACCAGCAAAUUGCUCCUUCCAGAAGACUUCAAGGACUUCCACCUGCUGUACGAGGAGGCCCGUUAUUACCAGCUGAUGCCCAUGAUCAAGGAGCUGGAGCGCUGGAAGCAGGAGCGGGAACAGCGGCGGAUGGCGCAGCCCUGCGACUGCCUCGUGGUUCGUGUCACGCCUGACCUCGGCGAGAGGAUCGCCCUGAGCGGGGAGAAGGUCCUCAUAGAGGAGAUCUUUCCCGAGACCGGAGACGUCAUGUGUAACUCCGUCAACGCUGGCUGGAACCAGGACCCAACGCACGUCAUCCGUUUCCCCCUCAACGGCUACUGCAGGCUCAACUCCGUCCAGGUUCUGGAGCGUCUUUUCCAGAAAGGUUUCAGCGUGGCGGCGUCAUGCGGCGGCGGCGUGGACUCGUCCCAGUUCAGCGAGUACGUGUUGUGUCGCGAGGACCGGCGGAGUCUCUCAAUCAACACGCCCAUCAGGAUAAAACAAGAACCCCUGGACUAGAGAUCUCUGGUAGAGGGACUGGCAUCAACCCCCCGUCCUCAUUACUCCUUCUACCAUUUCAUGCCACCAACAACUCCCCCUUCCUUUCCAAGGACCACAGCCACUCCCCCAGUAUACCCAAGUAUUAGCAGAGGCUUGUUAACCUCGCCAGCUCUGCAGAACUCUGAGGGGAAUGUAGAACCAAACUAGAUAUAAAGCAACAGCAGCUAAAGCUUUUGAUUUACGGUAAAUAACACCCAAAGACUCUGGGACUGUGACGACAGCGCCUCACAGCUCAGUUACUUGUAGAUUUUUCCACACGGACUUGAGAGAACAUCUUGAAUCUGUUCAAGGAAGACAUUGAACCUCAGUUUUCUCUGGCUCUCAACGACCCUUUCACAUCUGCAUCUGUGGGACCCAUGUUGUUUCUGACUGGUGACACGAGGGGCCUGCCAUGGUCUGGGGAAGCUUUGGCACACAGGAUGUUCUUAAGGAUGAUAAGAACACAAUCUAAUUUUGAGAGUCCUCACUAAAGGCGCUUCAAAAACUAAGCCCCCCCACCCCCCACCCCCGCAUCACAGGCCUGGGUAUAAACCUCGCCGGACACCAAAUUGUUCGUUAAACUGAUUGUUCUUUAAGGCUUUUCAUUGUUGUUUCUAAAGCUAUUCUUCUUGCUCCCUUUGCUGUUUUAUCAUGACAUGGUGUAAACAAUUAUUAUUAAUAGGAUUAUUUUUAAUGUCUUUUUUUUUUCUCCUUUUUUCCAAAAUGAAGGAUGUAAGAACAUUGUAUUCAUUAGGCUUCGAGAGCUUGCGAGGGAGCGUUUCCUGGCAAUAGCUGCAGAAACUCGUGUCUGCAGGCUAUGUGGCUAAAGCAAUCUGACUGGCAAUGAAUCCAGAGCCAGAAAAACUCCCAUUGUUCAUACGGCAAAAUGGAAGAAAACCUGGAUGUUUCAACGUUGUGUUUAAUCAAAUGUGUUGUAAACAGAAAGAAAAAAAAGCUCAAAGAUUUCUGCCGCUUUGCUCAAAGAACAAAUCUGGCAAUUGGAUUCUCUCACAAGAGCACAAAACAUUGGCUUGCAUUUUAGCACAAGUUUCAGAGCUUUGGUAAAUUUAAAUUUCAGGACGAAAUUGCACAGUCUGUGAGUGCGUGGCAGUUUUGUUGAGCUUGAAUGUUAAAUAAUUGAUUGGGGAGAGCGUAAGUUUACCAGUAUGUCUCCCAAUCAAGAGGCGUACUUAAAAAGCCUGACGUUUCUUUGCACUGAAAUGUUUCCCGCAAAGUUGCCCUCUUCUCUUGAACCACUUGAUUGAACCUAGAGAGCAGCGCCAAUUACAGCUGAUGUGUUGGAUUUUUUAGACUUUCAGAUUCAAACAGAACCAACUUUUUUUUGCACUGACGUAUACAAGGUGCCCGUUUUUUUAUUGUACAAACUCAAAAAUAACAGUUUUCUCCAAUUUCAAGCUAAAAAAGUCACAAUGUGUUAUUCAAAACAAUAUGAAGGACACCAACAUCUGAUCCUCUGGGCCUCCAGGCUUGACGGUUCAGUUGAGAACAGCUCAGAGUACCGUUAGACCAAGCUCGAGUGACAAAUGGUUCAAUAUUGUCACGUCUAAGCCAUGAUUAUUUCAGAUGUUCCUCACACACACACGACCAAACCCAAAGUAUUGCCAGCGUCAGCAUGUUGUUCACAAACAUGCGAGUGGGCGGCGUUUACUUUGUCCUGCUCUCAUUCUUUUGCUCUUAUUCUCAACAUUUCUGGAUCAAAGACAGAAACAAGAAAGGCCAAGUUUUCUUUUCUAUUUUUUUAUUUGUGUAUAACUUGCACAUGCUGUUUCUUCCAUUCCAAAAGGCUGAGGAGAAAAAAAAACAGCUUAUUCUGAUCUUUGUGGGUGCUGGCAGUUGCUUGAGUUAAACCGGGGUUUUAGUAGUUCAUUAAACACGGUCUGUAGCUGAUAUGUUGUCCUAACGGAGUGUGCGCUUUUCCUGAAUGCUGCUGGUGUAGCAGGACCAGCGGGUGGAUAAAUAUGGGCUUUGAGGCGUCACCUCAAGUUCAGAGCGAGUCUUCCCUGGAGGUGUUUCCCACAAUCAGACUCAUCUUUGUACUGACCUGCGCCUUUACAUCCAGUCACCUCAAAGGGAAUGGUCAACCUGGGCUUUCAUGUGCCGAGGCAUGUCUUCACAACA